AUGUUGAAGGUUUCCUUUAAGAUUACGCUGGCGUCGGACCCACAGUUGCCAUAUAAAGUACUUAGUGUUCCUGAGAGAACACCUUUUACAGCAGUCUUAAAAUUUGCAGCAGAAGAAUUUAAAGUUCCUGCAGCAACAAGUGCAAUUAUUAUUAAUGAUGGAAUACGAAUAAAUCCUGCACAAACUGCUGGAAAUGUUUUUCUAAAGCACGGUUCAGAACUUCGAAUUAUUCCUAGAGAUCCUGUUGGAACUUGUUAAUAUCUGCUACUUGGAACAUACAAUUACUUUUCAGAAUAACUAUUGGUAUUUUUUGUUGUUGUAAAUUUGAAAUCAGGCAUUUAGCAUACUACGAAAACACGAGAAGUCAGUGAAACAAUGAAAAGUGGACUCUUCUGGUCCCUUCUUUGUUCAUGAUCUUCAUGUGCAGAAGGAAUGCUUGUGAGUAGUGGGAACUGCCACCACAGAAGGUCUUAGAGUUGUUGAUUGCUACCUCACAACACAAGUACAGAGUUCAUUUGUGAAAAUGGAUUAUCCAACUGUGUUUUUUACCUGGAUGAUUCUGAUAAUUCUUUCUGGAGAAUUUUUGGAAAAUUAAAAUUUACUUAAUCUUACAUAUUUGUAUUUGAGUUAAAAAUGUAAAAGGAAAUGAGUCACAGAUGGAAGUUUGCUAGACAGCAUCUGACUUACAGACUCAUAAAUAGUUUGAUUUUUAAGUGUAUAGUUUGUGAUGAUGAUGAUAGACAUAUCAAUGAUGGUUAACUGUCUUGACUUUAUCAUUUAGUUUUGUAAGUUUUAGACUUCAUGUGUCAUGUAAAUUACAUUUAAUUUAGUACCAGAGGACCAAAAAUCUUACUUUUUAUCUAACCUUUAUGUAUAUAAAGUUACAUCCCAUAACAAAUAAGUCUUUUAACAGUCAUCUUGGCAGAAUCCAGUGUAUGUAAUAGUGGGAAUUGACAAUGCAGUACAAAUGUCCUUUACUGAAUUAUGCAUUUCUGUAUCAGUCUUGUGUAGUACAAUGUUUGAGACAGAAAUCUUUUAGAAACCAUUGUCCUUUGGAGGAUAAUAUUUCCAAA